CUAGAGGAAGUUGAUUUUAGAGAUUUUCUAGCAUAUGUGAGAUGUCAUCAGUUACAGAAGGACCUGCAUGCGAUGAUGCGAAAACUACUUCUUGCGCUCUUGGUCUUUGUUUUAGUUGAGAGUAAAGGAGGUAGAGGGGGAGGAAGCUGGGGGAGAUCUUCAUCAUCACGCUCUUCAUCUUCAUCCCGUUCUUCAUCAGGAGGAGGCUGGUUCAGUAGGUCUAAGAGUCCAAGCACAUCAAGAUCUUCAGGAUCAUCUUGGUUUGGAAAGAAAAAAACAACUUCAGGAACUUCUAGUUCGUACCCUAAACAACAGUGGGGUAGCAGCUCAGGAAGUGCUUAUCCUAAGCAACAAUAUGGAGGAAGUGCAGGUGCGGGGGGCUAUUCACCUCCGAAAAGUACAGGGUCUAAUGUUGGAGGAUAUGCUGCAGCAGGAGGACUUGGAGCUGCAGGGGGGUAUGCAGCUGGAAACCUGGGUAAAACCAGUUCUUUGGGAGGUGGAGGUUUUGUAAAACCAGGAUCUACAGGAGGAAUUGGAGGCGGUGGUUUUGUCAAACCUUCUGUUGGAAAACCCGGGUUUCAGGGAUCUAGCUAUCCUCAGCCUUCAGCUCCUAGCCUAGGUAGAACUAAUAGUUAUGGAGGUGGUGGAGUUGCAAGCCAUGGCCUAGCUGGAGCAGCUGGAGCUGUGGGAGGAUAUGGCCUGGGAAAGACUAGUCGGUAUUCUUGGCCCAAAUCAUCAACCCUGGGUGUAGGCAAGCAUCACAAUUCUGCAUACAACCCUGGAUAUGGAACUAAGUUUGGAACUAGCUUUGGAGCUGCAAACAUGUAUAAACAGAAGAAGGGAUUUUCCAAGAAAGCAUUAGGUCUUGGUGUUGCAGCUGGAUUUGUAGGAGGUGCUGCCCUGGGAGUUGCAGGUACAAUGGCAACCUACAGUGCUUACCAUAGAUAUCAGCACUUCAAGAAUAUGAUGAGUAUGAGAGGGUUCCACGAUUAUGAUGAUGACAGAUUUGGAUUUGGUAAUAACUACCGAUCUUCAUAUUACAGCAAUAAUCAAUGUUUUGGAGGAUGUCCCAUGAACUCUCAUUGUGAAUGGGGAUUUUGUGAGUGUAAUGCUGGUUAUGAGAGAAGGUAUGGACAAUGUGGAAGAUUAGGAGGAGAAUUCAUCCCUCGAGCAAGAAGCUUUGAUCCUUUUGCGUCCUGCUCAGUAAUAACAACUUGUCAAGCAAUAGACAUAAAUAUGAUUUGUAAUACAAAUAUAACUGUUCAAGCUGGAGGAAAAUGCCAAUGUAAACCUGAUAUGAAAUGGAAUGAAGCUACGGGUGAAUGCCAAAUCUUCAUAGAUGUGGAUUGUACAAAAUUUACUUAUGAAACACCACCAUCACAACUUAUAUUGGCUGCUGCAGCAAAAGCUGAGAAAUCCAUUCCUUCCAACAUAACUAUUCCCAAUGAAGCUGCAACUCCAACAAUUGAAGAAAGUCUGGGAGCAAGUCUUUUGACAAAGCUGGAUCAAGACAAGGCAACAGCAAAUGAUUUAAAGGAGGCUUUCUGUCGGGACGUUGAUGCUUUCAGCUUUGACAUGAACAUUGAUGAUUCUAAACCACCCAAUUGUGAUCCAGUACCCAGAACAGCUUGCGGUGUUGUCUACGAUAGCUCCAGCUGUUCCGGGGGAUGGAAACUUAUAAUUUCUGAAGGUGCAAUCAGCUUUCCAUACUUCAGUUCCUACUGGAAGUAUAGAAAUGAUAUUGAUCUCGUUGGGGUUAAAGCUGGUUGCACACUAACUGCAUUCUCUAAUACUGGAUUCUCGGGACAGCGGGGAACCCUCAGAGCUGAUGCAAGAGACCAAUGGUGGGUUCUUGCGGAGCAUGCAGAAUAUGCUCAUCUUGAUUCAGAUAUUGAAUCUCUUCAAUGUGUUUGCCGCAGAAUGUAGAAACUGUUUCUUGUAAGAAGUUUGUUUAAUUGUAAAGUUUUAUUUACAAUAAUAUUAUAAACAUCUGUUUUAGAUUGCAUUGAUCAACACUGUCAUUUAUAUAGAGGGUCAAUAAGGAGGAAGCGGAAGGCCCAUAAAGAUUUUUAACAUUAAGGAAAAAUGAGGAAAUGUACUUUUUUGUCUGGCUGGGUGUCUAUUUGUAUCCUAUAAAUGUAAAACAGCUAAGUGAUCAGGUCCAAUUUUUUUGUGGCAACUUACAUGACUUCAGGGAAGGUUUAUCGCUGGUCAAAAUAUAAAAAUGUUGCUAGAGAAAAAUGUCAACAUUUAUUAUUUAACAAAAAACCUGCAAAAUUUGAAAUUUUACAUUUAUGAAGAAAAACUGGCGGCUUGAAAAGCAUGCAUUGCAAUGCAAAAAAUUGUUGCUAGAAGAGCCUAGUAUUAUAUAUGAUUCAAAGAUUUCAUAAUUAGAAUGUUAUUGUCUGCUUCGGUUAUUAUUAUAUUCACAAUUCGUUUAAGAAAAACCUCCCUUUACUCCCCUGCCAACUCAAAUCACCACUAAUCUAAAUCAAGGGAUUAACAAUAGGAAUUUUGAUGCAUUUAUAAAUGGAAGCAUUGGGUGAAUUUUUAUGUCUAUAUUCAAUAGUUUGUUUAUCUAUAAAUAUACAUAAAAAAGUU